AUGGGGAAAGGAACCUGUGAUAAUACUCAGCCCGGCCAAGAAGAAGUGCUGAACCCUCCGAGAGAGGAGGAAAACCAACGCAGAUGGGGAAGGAGCAGCCAGCCAGGGCAGGAGGCAGCCCCGGUGCUAGCGUGCCCUUAUGAGUGGGUUGGGUACCGCAACGUCUGCUACUACGUGUCGGGGCAGGAGAACCAAGGCAGCUGGAACUGGAGCCAGGAGCAGUGCCUGACACACGGGGCCUCACUGGCCGUGCUGACGGAGGACUGGGAACUGGAAUUUCUGAGACAUCUCCCAGGCAGCGCGGAUGCCUGGCUUGGGCUGCGGAAACAGGGCGAGCGCCUGGUGUGGGUGGAUGGCAGCAGCUUGACGGAGAAGUUCCCGGUGCAGGGCCACGCAGAGUGCGUCUACUUGAAUGGCGAGGACGUGGCGACCUCAAGCUGUUGGCAGAGACGGCCUUACAUCUGCAGCAAGCCCGUGGCUGCGGGGGCAGCUCCUGAGGAAGGUGGUGGAGGAAGGACCUUCCCUACGCUGGGCACUGGCGGCUCCUCUCAUUGAUGAAGGACGAUGCUCUCCAGCAAUCCUUUAAAGGGUUUAUGUCCCUACUUUUGGGGUCGAACUGAAGGUCGAUGACUAAGGGGGGAACCGUGAGAUGCAAGAGGUGCUGGCUAACAUCAGAGCUGAACAAGACCCAAACCUCACGGACCGGACCUGGAGUUGCCGUACUCCACAGCAGCUGGAAGAGCAUCGAUAGCACCGCACUUUGUUGUACUCUGUAGCAUUUGUUAUGAUGUUGUACUGGGUCUGGCUG